CCCCGGCGGGCAGCACAAACCCCGCCCCGGCCCGGGCCCCCUGCGCGUGGGCGGGAGCCGCAGCCCCGCUGACUCAGGGCAGCCCCCCCGGCCCCGCGCAUACUUUUCCUAUAAAGGGAACGGAAUAGUGAGCAAGGGAGCGGCGGAGCGGCCCCGCCUCCCGACCCGGCGGCCCCGGGGCACGGCGCCUGUCCCGCCGCCGGAGCCGCUGCGCUGGCCGGGAGGCGCUUCACAACGCCUGGGCGGCUGCUGUGAGCCCGGGGGGAGAGGGGAAACGUGACCGUGCCGUUUUGACACGAAGCCUGGGUACAGCAGUGUCUGACAUAUUCCUCACUGAUGUGACGCUUUUAGCCGUGGCAAAGCCGCCGUGCCUCCUGCCUGCCGCGACGGGCUCUUACACUCGCUGCGCACCCGGGGAGAACAACUUCGAAGCGAGUUUUACUCGGGGCAGCAGCACACACGUCUGCAGGGGGGUCUUCUAAAAAGACGUUGGAUGCCAGCCUGCCCUGCCCAAAGGCAGAGGGAUCCCAGUCCCUAAGGAGGGCCUAUCCGAGGGCGAUGCUUUCAAUAACAGCUGAUCCUUUCUUACCAACGAUGAAACUUGGUCCUGAGCACUUAAAAGAGUUUUGUGUUCUCUGACACACACCAGUGUUAAAGUGAUCCACCAAAUGGGACAGGGAGCUUCUGCCCAAAAGCCAUUUGAAACGUAGCAUCCGGUAAGACGGUGUCCCAUGACCUGACUCACCGUUGCUAUGGACACUGCUGCACGCUCAGGACUGAUGACGGAAACUCGUUUCUCCCGUGUAUCCUCCAGUUCCAACGUGUCAUUAGUCAGCCCUGCAGCAAACGUUGAGAACAGCACAGAUUGAAUUAGCAUUUGGUAUUUUUUAUGGCUUAUUUAAACCAGGGUGAAGAACUGAGUUAGAUGUUCUCAGUUUAAUAGUUGGUUGAGGAAAAUGUAAUAGGUGAUCUUACUAACGACCAGCCAUCAGUUCCACAGAUCUGGCUGAGCGCAGGGUAACAGCCCUUGGUCACGGCCUGCAUUUCCAGGCCCUCCUGUUGUAGUGGCUUCUGGGUGCCAACACUAACAUCUCCACUCUUGUGGCCCUCUUUCAGAAAGACAGCAGAGGUGACUUGGAUCGAAGGUGCGAGGAGGCUCCCAGUGCAGCCGGGGGUGUGAGGGGGAGCGCAGCGCUGGGCCUCACGCCACGGCCCGGCCGCGGGCAGCCUUUCCUCCUGCCUGCUCCCUGCCGCGGCGCUGUGAGCUGCAUCGACCUCAAAUGCCGCCUGUCUCUCAUCAAUGUCCGUUUGGAAUGUGGCACUACCGUCUCUCCAGGUGCUGCAACUGUAAACCGUCACCGCUCGUAGCCGCCAAACGCUCUGCGCCGCGUGCUGAGGAGGAACUGAGGCGGGCUCUCCCUCCAGCAGCGACAUCCCGCUGCCCAGCCGCGCCGUGACAGAUCAGCCUUCCCGUUACAGCUGCGAGCAGGCGGGGGGAAGCGGUUACGGACGGGCCGGGGCAGCGCUGCGCUCCGCGGCCCCGCGCCUGCGCCUCCCGCAGCCGCGCGUGCCCGUGACCCGGAUGCGCUGUGUGCGCAAGAUGGCGGCGCGCGGCGCGGGCCGCAGGGGGCGCUGAGCGGCCGCCAUGGCGGACCUGGGCCGGCAGCUGCAGCAGUACCUCGCGCAGUCCAAGGCCGCUCCCGCCGCCGCCUCGAGCGCGGCCCCCGCGCCGCCCUCCGCCGCCCGCCCGCAGGAGGAGGCGGGGAGCAGCGGCCUGGGGGCCCGGCUGGGCGCGCUGAACCCCUUCCCGCCGGGCCGCGGCGAGGCCCCCGCGGCGGCGGCCGGCUCGGGGCCGGGCUCGGGCUGGCCGUGGGCGGCCGAGGCGGACCCGUGCCUGCCGGGGCUGUCGCGCCGGCAGCGGCUGGCGGGGAGCGGGCUGUGCCUGCUGCUGGCCGCCCUGUGCUUCGGGCUGGCCGCGCUGUACGCGCCGCUGCUGCCGCUCCGCGCCCGCAAGUUCGGGCUGCUCUGGUCCCUCGGCUCGCUGUGCGCCCUGGGCGCCGCCGCGCUGCUGCGGGGGCCCGCCCGCCUGCUGCGGGAGCCCGGCCGCGCCUCGCUGCUCUACGCGGCCGGGCUCGGCGGGACGCUGUACGCGGCGCUGGCGCUGCGCAGCGCGCUGCUGACGGCGCUGGGCGCCGCGGUGCAGCUGGGAGCCGCCGCCGCCGCGCUCCUGGCCCUGCUGCCCGGCGGCGCCGCCGGCCUGCGCCUCCUGAGCGGCCUCCUGAGCGGCCUCCUGAGCGCCGCGCUGCGCCGCCGCGGCAAAACGCUGCCGCUGUGAGAGAGACCCCGCGCCGUGAGACCCCGCGCUGCGAGACAGACCCCGCACUGCCGGGGGAGAACGGGCCGCAGCCCCGCGGGACUCGGACAAAGGGACUGAGACGCUGAGGCCGGCGCCCGCCGCGGCGCGAAGACGCUUCUCCGUGGCGGGGAUGAGGACGGCGCCGGCUCACGCCGCUUCUCUUCAUCGCCUUCGUCUGCCCGAUGGGUUUUCGUCGCCGGUUCCCGAGAAGGAAAGCGGCGGCGGGCAGCCGGGAGCGGCGGCAGUGACUCUGAACCCUGUCGCCGCGCUCAGGGGUAACGGUGCCGCCGGCCCCGAGCACGGGGUUUUUUGCCUUAUUGCGAUUCGGCUCGAUAGCCGUGGCCCGGAGGCGCUCCGGCCCUGGGGGGAGCUGGCAGCACCCCACUGCCCUACCUCCAGUGUGGGACCAUGUGGCUGCUGCAGCCCGCUGCAAAACGAACUUCCUGAGAGCUGGUUUAGCACGUGUACUUACGUGGUCCCUGGGGCUCUGGGUAUGAAGAAGAGCCUUUGGGUCAGCUGGCAACUGGAGGUGACUCAUGAGAAUGACUUGUGGGGAAAACAAACUCGUGGUUGGGGGGCAGGUGGUGAGCAGCGGUGACUUCCCCUGUUGUGGAGUUUUACCUUCAGCACCACGUGUAAGCUGUAGACAGCCGUGGCUACGGGUGAAAAACCACACACGAGAAACCAGAGAACUAGCAUUUGAAAUGGCUGAGAUCUCAGGAGGUAGUUCUGUUGCUCCAUCUGAUAACAGAGUUUGCCUAAAGCCAACCCUCCUUGUAGCAAUGGGAGUCUGGUUUCCGUCCUCCUUCAAAGCGUGGAAAUUCAUCUGGAGUGGGAAGUAAACCCUUCCGGCCUCCUGAGCAGUGAGAGAUGCAGGGGACAGGAGUGAGAAGAGACAACGUGUCCACGAAAGUACUGUCAUUUGCCCAAGAAAUGUCUUUUGCUUCCUCAUCUUUGCAUUUUUAGUGUGGGAGAAUGUUCCCCUCACCUCUGAGAGCACCACGACCUCGCCCCCGAACACCAUGGUCCCUUCCUCUGGAGUUUUCUUCUGGAGAGUCAAAAGUGUCAUCUGGCCCAAAAUCUUCAGGGCCAGGGAAGCCAUCUCUGCCCCUGGGUCCCCGGCCCUCAUGUCUCGAGGGUCCUCCUCUUCUGAAGCUACAAGAAAGAACAAGCGAUCAAUGCAAACUGGAGAAGCACAAGCCACGAGAGUCAGACAUUGCAGCAGCUCCUUCCUGUCCAUUUGCUAGAACAACUCUCCUUUGAGUUCCAUUCUCUAAGCUUACAGUUUUGCAAUAGGUCUGUCUCCACCUCCCAGAAAACAAACACAAUGCAGAGAGGAGGCUGCAGUGCCUGUACAGGCCCAGCAGUGGAUGGAGGGAGUGCUGUGCAUGGACAAUGAACCAUUUUACAUUAACCUGGGUGAUCUGGGAAAACAAACCGAACAGUUUCAGGUACAAAUGGUUCAAAAAAACCACAUAGCAAUGUUGUUUAGCCUUGAAACAGCACAGUCCUCUAGGUGUUCUUUAGAGGGCCUCCCAUUUUAAUACUGACAUGGUGUGAUUCUGCUUAGCUUGUAAAUCACCAAGAUCUGCAAACACGAGGUCCUACAGCUACCAGGAACGGGGCCUUUCCUUCUGCUUCCAGGCAACGUUAUGGACAGAGCUUAGUUCUGCAGUCUGUCACAGCUACACCUGACACAGCCACAGCUCCUAACCCUCUGUUAUCUGUGCAACCUCUUCACUUUUUUACAUCCAUCACAUGUAAAAGCCUGCCUUGCAUAGGGCUCAGUUCCUGUCCGACUGCUCUCACAUCUUCUUCCUUGAGGCCUAGGACCUUAACGUACAGAACUACACACUGUGCGGAUUAGCAGGCAGGAAGAGGCAGGUCUCUGUGGUAGAAGCAUCAUGUUGAUAUGCACAGGCAGAGGAAGAACAGGACAGGGAUGGAAAGGACGGGAAAUUAGAGAGAAACACACGUACACACACUUGCCUCUCAUGCUUCAGCAAACCGCUUACAGUCGCAACUCCAAACCAAGCCAACUAAAGGAGUUGUUGGGGUUCUGGAGUUCACCCCAGUGACUGCAGUAAAUGGCACCUAAUUCAUCUUCAAAGGAAUUCAUUAAACUCACAAGCACCAUAAGCCUUUUACAGCCCUGUGCCGAUCCCUCUUGAACUAAACCCUUUGUACAGACACUUGUAUGCUGGCAAAUAGACCCUUCUUAGUUCAGAAGUCAGGCUUACAGGUCACAAAGUCUAGGACUCUUCCUGACACCCUCUUUAAGAAAAAUCAGGAUGAUGAUAAAAUAUUGUCCAGUCCCUCAGCAUUUCCAAGACCAGACUGGAAAAUCUCUAGUGAUCUGCCAGAAGCACUGUCUGCUCUGUCUUUUAGAGUAAUGCAGACCAUUCAGCUCGGGUUCUCUCCAACUCUGCUUUUUCACAAAUGGCUUUAAUUGUUACCUUCUUUUAGUUACUGCUCAUUUCUUUUUCAUACUCUUCACACAAAAGGAAGGUACCUCUUUACAGAGCUAGGUAGAAAGCAGCUAAAAGGAGAGCUGUAUAGAUGCAAAGUAAAAGGAAUGUAAGAAAAAAUGAUUAAAAAGGCAACUAAAACACACAAAAUUCACAUUAUGUGGAGACCACAAUAAAUUUGUACAAGCACAUGUUCUCAUACACAUCGAGUUGGUGGUCAGUGAGAGGCUUAGACCUUGGAGGCCAAAUUUAACUCUGUUAAAACUAGCAUAAAUCUGGAGCAAUUGAUCUCGCUGACUUAGCAUAAUUCCUUCAUCUUUAACAGUGGUUACUAGAAGCAAAUUCAUCCCUCUGUGAUUUCUUUUGGAGACUGUGAGCAAUGCCACGGGACACUGCUGGAGAUUAGAGUGGAGUUCUUCGCUUGGCAUUAAGAAAUAAAAGGCAGAAAGAAAUUUCUACAAGCAAAAACCAUGAGAAAAUAGUCUCAAGAGUCCAACAGAUGCUGUAGCUCUGCCCCUUUGAUAGUAGGAUCACCGUUCCUGCUCCUUACAAGUCUAUCACAUCUCAUCCUACAGUCUCUACAGUCAUGCUGUGGUUGGUGACUGGAGACAAAAGUCUCAAGAUCCACUUCUAGCGUUCAAAAGUCUGUCAACUGUAACCUUCAAGUUUCCUCUCAAUAUUCAUCAAAACGGUCUCAAAUCUUCAUCCCGUGCCACUGGAUCUUCUCUACAAAUCUCCUCCCUCCUCUUUACUUACUGUUUAAAGACACGGAAGCUGCUGUGUACAAUGACCACUUUUCUUCUAUUACUGAAUGAUUUUUAUGGACUCUAUACUCAGGUAUAUUAGAGUGUUCAUUUCCUUAUUGGUUUCCAGUUUAUAAAUCUGAAACAGACAGACUCCUUAAUGAAAAGGAAACCAGGAGGAGGAGAGCCCCCUCCGUCUCACCCUUUCCCCCCCAGAAAGGACGCGUAGCUUCGCUCUUACCUCUCAUCCCGCCUUCCCCGGAAGCGUGCGUCCUCGGGAUCCCGUGGGUAUCUGUCAUCCGCAGGUCUCCGUCCUUCCCAAGCACCGGGAGGCCCGCGGUUGGAGCCCCCUCCUUCAAAUUCCCUGUGAUCGGGAGGGAAGGGCGGCCCAGGUCCACCUCGCCUCCACUUCUCGUCUUGCAGCGGUGGGCCUCCUCUCCCCUCAAACUCCCGCAACCGAUGGCCAAAUCUCUUAUCUGGAUGGAAGUCGUCGCGGAAGUCAUCUGGUCGAUCAAAGUCAUCAUGGAAAUCUGGGUGAGGUCCUCGUCUAUCUGGCAUGCCCCUGCUGUCUCUACCAUCACCCCACUCCUGGCCACCUCGAAACAACCCUCGCUCAGGCCCGUGGUCAGGACCACCACUGUUCUGGUCGUGCCUUCUAUCUGAGAGAGGGCCCAUGUGAUGGUUUGGUGGACCACGGGAGUCACCUUGAGGGAAAAAAUCACAGCACAUUUCUGUAACGUUGCCUAAAAACGCUCCAGGAUGCUCUAGUUUGUACAAGCUCUAACAAAGCACACACAUUUCACAGUAAGUCAUUCUGGGGGGAAGAGCUUUCCUCUACCUUCCAGCCCACGUCUGCAGAAGCCUUCCCUCAGCCGAGGCCCUCUGCGCUGCCACAGCCUGUUCUGUCUGGAGGCUCUGCACUGCCACGGCCUCUUUUUAGGAGAAUUCCUCACAGAAGGACAGACAACGUAUUUCAUUACCUUUGUUAAGACCAGGUCCUUGGUUGUGAGGGCCAAGACGACCUUGUCCUCCCUGCUGCCCCAGUCCUGGUAUCAGUGGUGGGGGACCUGGGUUCUGGCCGUCCUAUGAGCAUACAAUAAGAAAGGCCAUGUGAAUCGCCAAGCCUCAGUAUUUUGGCUCUGAAGCGUUUCCUAAGGGGGAAAAGCCAUUUUCUCCACUUAAAGGCUGCAUCUUUCACAGGUUUUACAAGAGCUGACUUGCCAAUGCUUUCGGCCUCACGUUUCAGACAUCCCCAUUAGUGAUGCUUUUCAGUCCCUUCUCUUGUCAUCAUUUUGCAGGAAAUGUGGCAUUUCAAGGACUAACAUUUAACCCUUAGCAACCAAGCAUGAAGCAAAGCUCAUAUUCUAGCUGCCUGAGACAGCAGAUGAGGAAACUGUGUACAUAGGUUGGAAAGUAUUGGGUACUGAUUUAUAGGCAAUGCAAGAGCUGCACAAACCAAAGACUGAUUUCUGUUCAUUUCCAAAGGAACUGCAUCAGGAAUGUUGGGCCAGGGGAACGACAGCAGGGCCAGAACAGAACCUUUGGAAGCUCUUAACCUGGAAGUACACGAGUUUCCUUUGUAAGAUGCUGGCAAAGUUUGUUUUUCAUGACUAUAAUUCUAGGAUAAAAUACUAAUGCUUGGCUAAGCACCAAGAGACAAGUUGUUAGUGGGUUAUUAAGCAAUGACAGAAGCCGUAGUGCCUGCUUUUCUCAGGCAGAAACAGAGUGAGCAGAGGUUUGUGUGAGCUAUACAAUCCCAAAGGGAAAAUAAAGAAU